AUGAUAAGAAAAAUCAAUAGAGCCAUGGGACGCAUGUGCAAGAUAAAUCAAAAGGAAAACCCACACACAAUUUCUUUUUCUCCUCAGUGGACAUAUGUUUCCAUCAACUAUUUUCACAUUAAUAAAAGUGACGAGUGAAAACAACAAGUUGUUGUGUGUAUUUUUGAUACUUUCAACCCAUCAAAGUGUCUCAUUUGCCAUCGAAUAUCCCUCAAAUUGCACCCUCAACACCAAUCGGGUUCCCAUCAGCUGAACUUUUAUCAAGUUGUGGCAAAAAGCAAAUUCCUCAGCUUGUCCAGCAUUGAACCAGCUUUGGUGCAUAUAUAAAAAAUAUUCGUGGAAAAUCAUUCAAGAGAAAAACCACGAGAAUUGCGUUGUGAAAAAGUGUAGAGGAAAAUUUGUUGAAAGAAAACCCCAAAAAUAUAUUGCAGAGAAAGAAUCUCUGGGUGAAAUUGCCAAGGGUGUCGUAAAAAAGAGUGGAAAAACUGGUGUAAGGGGUAUAUCAUGAAGGGUUACGUUCCGCCCGACAAAUUGGUGGUACGAGAUAGUCUAGAUGAUGAAAUUAGUGACGAUGUAGAAGAUGAUGUCUUCAUACGUGACGGUAGAUCUAAUUCAAUGUGCGAGGAAAGAGGCCUCAAGAGACCCCUUAUGGCCCCAAGACGCAAAAAUGGGGCACGCUACAAGAAAUCCCUGGCAUUCAUGAAGAAGAGACAUCGCUUUUGGUCGUGCUGUGAACCUUUUUGCUAUGGAUUAGCCGCCAUCACCAUUAUUAUAGCUUUAAUAUUUCUAGGCGCUCUUCUGCUCACCCUCUUCCCCAUGCCACUGCAGAAGAUCAAGGGCUGGCUGCACAAGAAUCCCAGUCCAGUGGGUCAACCACCACCCACCACCAUCCCCGGAGACACCCUCGAGCACGUGCCCUGUUCCCAGCUGUCAGUGAACUUGGUCUGGAAGCGCGUCAUAUCACGUGUCACGAGCGAGAGCCCCGUGAGGAGUGCAGACGUGAAUGCCGAUGGUGUGCCUGAUAUCAUAAUAGGAUACACCAUCGAAGAGGAUCCUUACGAAGGCGUAGCAACUACAACAGCUCGCUGCUUCAAUCCUCACACCGGAAAGACGGGCCUUUGCGAAGGUGGGGUAAUGGCCUUGAACGGGACAAACGGAGAGAUAAUCUGGCAGCACUUUACAGCCUUCAAUGUCUUCUCCUUGAGCUGUCCCGUCGACCUCAACGGUGACCACCGGGAAGAUUGUGUGGUGGCGGGAAAGGGUGGUCUAAUGAUAGCCAUAAAUGGGGACACGGGAAAAUUAAUUUGGCGCCUCGAGGACAAAGUUCCCAUCCCCGGGAGCCAAACAACAGACUCCCCAGAAUGGAACACUGACAUAUAUACCGUUAACGUUGUCAGGGAUCUCGAUGGAGACGACAUUUCGGACGUUGUGGCAGUUCAUGUACAAGAAAAUUCUGCCUUUCGCUUUGGCCACAUUUGCGUAAUCUCUGGGGGAAGUGGUAGAAUGCUAAGGAGUAUUCCCACUCCCUUUCGUGAAGAGGUUUUUGUCCCACUGCAAAUUAUCACUGACGCUGAUGGAACUGAAUGGCUAUUGGUCAUAACAGGUGCACAGAGUACUCCUGGAGGCAUCUACGUCAUUCGUCUCAUAAGUCUUAUGCAGUACAAGAGUGAGAAGGACUUUACGACGCUGUAUCGCAAUGUAGCAUCAGGAUUUAUGGUUCCGGCAAUUCUCACUGACAUUACCGGAGAUGGAGUUGAGGAUAUCAUUGUGACAUCUUUCAAUUCAACAGUUCACGCCUUCGACGGGCAUACCUUCCGACAACUCUGGAACUAUGCCUUUCCCACAUCUGAAAGCAUCCAUUCCAUUAUCCCAGGACACUUUGACCACGACAAUAUCACAGACUUCAUGGUUAAGGUGAACACUGGGCCAGGAUUCCCUGUCUACUACUACUCCCAGACGAUGAUCCUGAGUGGACAGAAUGGUACAACGCUCCUGGACAAUGCCAUUCUGGACUCUGGAGGUUCAAAUAGUCCUCUGGGAGGUCUCUCGAUCUCCCAAACUUUCGGUGGGGACUUCUUCCUGCACUGGCAGACCCACUGCCGAGGAGUAGUCAAUGCUGGGGAUGGUUAUCAAUUUAUUGCAGACAGUGAAACAGUAGAACAAACCCGAGCUGAUACCUGUCGAUUGAGGUACAAUGCUCCCACAGUUGUUAAAUUGUACGCUAUUGGGAGGAAUGUCGAACCACCUGGUGCCAUAAUUCUCUCAUCGGAUGACCUCAAUUUGCAAUUAAAGCCCAUAAAUCACACGAAAACACAAACAGCCCAUCGAGUUAUUGCACCCCUCAAGCAUCCCAAAAUGUACAUGAGGAAAUUUCUCAGCAGAGAAAAAUCCAGCACAGACUGGACAACACCUCCGAAUACAGUUGAGCAGAAGAGAGUGGAUGAAGGGGAGAAGAAACUCGGAAAUUUCAGAGAAUACGUCCGAAUGCAGUCCAACCGACAUCAAGCUCCGCCCGAGGACUUUUCCAAUCGAGAGCCCUACAUUUAUCUACCAUACAAUCAAGAACCUAGACAGUAUCCUGCCCAACCUCCAACUCCUCCCAAAGAACCAGUUAUAAUCCCAGCUGAAAUUAAAAAUUCAGAUGAUUACGAUAUCUUCUACAACGACGAACUCUUGAAGCGUUACCCCCUUCGCAGUCAACUGCCAACCAAUCGCGACGUCCGGAGUAAGGAUGAGGACAUUAUGGACCUCGAGAGUAUCCUGAGUUCCGAAGAAGUCAAUGACACUCUCGGAGAUGAAGCUCAGACAGUAAAGAAAGUCCUAACAGAUGCUGCUCUGAAGCCAAUCUUUGUAAAAGGACAUCCUGAAACACUUUGGGACUUGGAGAUGGAAAAAGAAGCUUCAGAAGCUAUAAAGGAAGGUGGAACAUACGAUUAUCCCUAUCGACAGGUUAAAACACGAAGGGAAACCAACAAGGAUCUAGAGCAGAAUUUUAUUCCUAAUGUGGCAUCAACGGGAGUUCUUUUGCCGUCACUGGACAAAAGUACACCUACAGCAAUUGAUUUUGCUUUUGUCUUGAACGUCAGGGAAUCAGAAGCCUAUCCACCACUCUUUUUGCCGGAGGAUUUGGCUUGCAUAGAGGACAAAGUGAAAGUUUUUGGAGACAUGAAAGAUAAGGAAGUGCUUCUGCAGUGUCUACAAGAGCGCAUCCCGACUCUCGAGACUCUCACACCUCCAAGACCAAAAUACGAGAUGCAGAUAGUCAUCACGAGAAUAUCCAUCUCUUGUGGAUGUGGAGAUCUCAACAAAGGCGAAAUCUGCUCUCAAUUCAACUCAAUAGACAAUCAACGAUGGAAGGAAUACAUGGGGAAUCUUGGGAAUGGUCUCUACGUCUGAUCUUCCUAACCCCAAAACCCAAAAAAAACUGACACAAAAAAUUCCAAGAAAUUAAUUUUGGAAGGUGCUUAAUGAUCACAAUAUAUCACUUUUUGACUAAUUUAUGAUAAGUCUAAUGAGUCGUUUCUGUUUUUUUUGUAAAUUAAUUCCAUCUGCAUGACACAGAUAAUUGAGAAUCUUUGGCAAAUCAUCAUGAAUGUGACUCUUGUGCCAAACAUCUUGUUCCGUUUGCUUUCACGUCCUCCCAAAAUCAUAUUUUCUGAUUAGUUCUCCCUCUAACCAUUGCAAAAUUCUGUUUACCUUGUAAAAUUCAUUUGCAUUUCACCAAUUAUAUAUUUCCACAGAAAAUAUUCAAUCACCAUGCCUAAAAUAACCCCAAACUAAAGCCCCCCAAAAAAAUUGACAAGGAGUCUCGAAGGCAGGAAAUCAUGUACAAAUUGAGAGAAUAGAAAAAAUGAAAGCAGAAAAAAAGAUCCUUGCUUAAUUAUUCAUCACACACAAAAAAAAAACAUUCAACAUAAAAAAAAAUAUCAGUGAACAAAUGGCAAAUUUUUCUAGCCAUUCACUUUUCUUUUUGAAAAAAAAAAAAUAAUAAGCGCAAAAAAAGGAUUAAAAAGAGAACAAUUAAAUAGUUUAAAAAAAAA